CCUGCGCCUGCGCAGUCCGGCUAGGACCGGCGCUGGGAUGAUGAGGCUGAGGUCUUCGUUGUUUGCUUGCUGCGGCCUCCUGGGAAUUCUCUUCGGGAUGGCCGUCUUCCUGCGUGGGUUCUUCCCCACCCCGUUGAAGUCAUUCGGAUCCGCGAAAGCCAAGGUGUCGGAGAUCCCGGGAGAACCUGUGUUAGGCCUUGCAUCAAACUGGACAAAAUUGCCAUCCCCAUUGUUUGGAAAGGUUGUUAUUAUGUUGGUGGAUGCUUUGAGAGAAGACUUUGUGUUUGGACCAAAAGGACGACAUUUCAUGCCAUACACACGACGUAUGGUUGAACAAGGUUCCUCUCUCAGCUUUAUUGCUAAAGCCUGGCCACCAACAGUCACGAUGCCUAGAAUUAAGGCAAUGAUGACUGGCAGAAUUCCCGGAUUUAUUGAUGUCAUCAUGAACUUGAAUUCUCCUACUUUGCUGGAAGAUAAUCUGAUCUGGCAGGCAAAAACUGCUGGAAAAAGAAUCAUGUUCUACGGUGAUGACACUUGGAUUCGACUCUUUCCAGAUCACUUUGUAGAAUAUGAUGGGACUACUUCUUUCUUUGUGUCUGAUUAUACCGAGAACAAAUUUCCAUUGAAAGAAGUUGGUUCUGAUCAAGGCGCUUUUAAAAGGAACUGAAAUGAUAACAGAAUAAGGAGAUCAAGGU